UUCUUCUCAUUGAUUGCCACCAACGGAGAAGCUCAGACUCAAAUUCUUCUUUAUUACCCCCCCCUUUUUUUUUUUUUUGGCUUUUCGUUUCGGAAAAUAAUAAUCUAGGGUUUCUAAAGAAGAUGAGUUCAUCAGGAUCAACAAAGGGAGGCAGAGGAAAACCUAAGUCCUCCAAAUCCGUUUCCAGAUCUCAGAAAGCCGGUCUCCAGUUCCCUGUCGGCCGUAUCGCUCGGUUCCUCAAAGCCGGAAAAUACGCUGAUCGUGUCGGCGCCGGUGCCCCCGUCUACCUUUCCGCCGUCCUGGAAUACCUUGCCGCCGAGGUUCUUGAACUGGCUGGAAAUGCGGCUAGGGAUAACAAGAAGAAUCGGAUUGUUCCAAGGCACAUACAAUUGGCUGUGAGGAACGACGAAGAGUUGAGUAAACUUUUAGGGACUGUUACGAUUGCUAACGGAGGUGUUUUACCGAACAUUCAUCAGAAUCUGUUGCCGAAGAAGAUUGGUAAAGGGAAGGGUGAUAUUGGAUCGGCUUCACAAGAAUUUUAGACGAUUUUGAGAGUCUCCUUGUUUUGGAACUUUAUUAUAUUCUUAUUAUUGAAAAUGUGAUAAGGAUCGGAUUGUUUUCGAUGGAUUGUUUCAAUUGAUGCUGUAUAAUCCUUAAUUUUGGAAUUGUUUUGUUUUGGUUGAAUUAGGUUCUGCAAAUUGAAAUCGCCUACAUUCUCUUUCACUGAAUCCAAAUUUGGAGUUGUUCUUACAAAUUGAAGUUGUUUUCAUUCUCUUACAUGGAAUCGAAGGAAUAUAUAUAAGAAAACUUUUAUCCGAUGAAAUGUUUGAGACUUUUGGUUUUUGUUUCUGGAAAUAAUACCUCUUCAGAUGAGCAAUAUUUUUGAUACUAUUACUCUGCAUUUGCAGUAACUUUGUUUUAAUUCAACACAAUUUUCUUUCUUUCAAGUAAGCCAAACUUUACUUACCAUUGGCUUUGAUAUUUCUGGUCAUCAAAAUCAAUUUUAAAUUUGCUGCUGACUCUACCAAUAUAUGCUGAUAAGAAAGGUUUGGAGCUGCAUGUCCAAAGAGGAUGUAGCUCAAAAGGUAAAGGGCUCGAUUUGCAUGUGAGAGGUACAGGGUUUGAUCCCCUGCAUCUCCAACUAGUUUUUCAUUUUUGCUUCUUACCCGGUAUCGAAAUUUUCAGUAAAAGACUCACGUGGAAGUUCAUAGCAGAGCCUGGAAGCGUUAUCCUCUCAUAUCUGAUAAGAUGGAGAAGUUUCCCGCUAUUUUUCUCUAUGGUUUUGCUUUAAAUUAAAGAGGAAUGUUCGUUCCUCUCUUCAAUUCUCCUAAUUUGACAGUCUCAAGGCUCUGUUUAGGUUUGUUCAUAACUAUGCUCUCCGCUGUCUCAUGUAUCCAACAAAUUGGAAUUCUAAUCCUCCCUUGAUCUCUCUGGGUUAUUUCUUUAGGAACAUUGACUUUCGGGGAGCAGAACUCUCUUCCUCAGUCAUUUCGUCUUCUCGAUCAAGCUUUUGACUUCGACUCUGCCGAAAUGUACAAUUUUCCCAUUCGGGGGUUUUGACAUUCUUUUGUUUUCUAAGCGUCGGUAUAUUUAUGUUCAUAUUCUGUUUUGUAAGUAUAGGUAUCCAGUUCCUCAGCGUGCUGAGACUCGAGAUAAGAGUGAGGAAUACUUUGGCCAAUGGGUUAGAAGAGGAAGAUUUCCCCUGAUCGUGUUGUCAUUGCUACCGAGGUUGCUGGGCCAUCUUGGCAAAUGAGUUGGAUCAGAGAUGGAACAAAGUGGUUCUUUUUUGGCCAGAGAUGGACCAAAGUGUUUAGAUGCCAAAGUAUUGCUGAGGCUGU